AAAGAUAGGAUAUUAGGCCGCCCAGCCGCCGCCGGCGACGGCGGUAGUGAUGUCUGUUUCGGAGAACCCAUCUACAUUAAGACCCAAACAGCUCAAUUCAGCUCUCUUACAUUCCUCUCUAUCGAAUAUCAGUUCCCAUGGCUGGUCUAGAGAAGCAAAUGAUGAUUGUGUGCAUUUUAUGGUGGUCGACUUUGAUAAUGGGAGUUUGUUUGGUACGGGGAAGCCGUGAUCUUAACUGCGGCUUCGAAUCGCUCCCAUUCAAUCAAAGCUAUUUCAACGUCCAGAGGCCUUACGAUGUUCCUGAAAACCAGAGGUACAGCUUCAUCAAUGGCGUCCGCAGGUGUUGGGUUUACUCCACCGACAAGCCUCACAAUCCCACCUCCAACACUUUGCCACGUACCGAGAUUGCCAUCCAUGGCUAUAACUACACAUCCGGAGUGUGGCAAUUCGAAGGCUACGGUUACGUGCCAAAGGGAACAUCUGGAGUGUGCAUUAUGCAGGUGUUAGGGGCAUCCCCACCGCCGCAUGCCUCGACGGCGAUGGUGAGAGUCUACGACGGCAACCUCACUCACUAUAGGAAGAAUGUGCUGGCGGAGAAUAUUUAUGAUAAAUGGUUUCGAUUGAAUGUGAUCCAUGACGUCGAAAGUUGAAAUUUACAUCGACGGUGAGCUCAAGCUGCAGGUCGACGGUCGUGGUGGUGUUUCUCAUGCAUUCAAAUGUGGUGUCUAUGCACAGCUCAACGACUCCUAUUACAUGGAGUCCCGUUGGAAGGACAUUAAAGUUUUGAGAAAACUUUGAAGAAAGAAAGAGUGAUGCAUCGUAUUAGCUAGGACUGUUAAUCACCAUGGAGAGUGUCGAGGGUACAAUUUUUCUACCUGCAAUGUUGAUGAAAAGUUGGUGUUAAUGUGUUUCAAUCUUAUCAAAUUUUCUUAAUCUCGUUUGGAAGUUGUGAUUGUGAGAGUUGUGUUUGUUGAAUACAUGUAUUGUGCACAAUACAAUGUUUGGAAGUGUCAAAGUGUAAAACAAUGCAAGGUAGGUCUCACCAACAAUCACAAAAAAUGAUGCAUUAUACAAUCUCAACUUUUAGUUGAGAUUGUUGUGAUUGUUGGUUUUAGAUUUGUGUCAACUUUUUCUUUCCAUUUAUAUUCCUAAUAGUUUUUGUCUUAUUCUAAAAGUUGAGGGUAAAUGUAACAUUUCCCGAUAAAAGUAACUUAAUGUAAAUCAGUACAUAAAGUAGAAUAUCAACAACCAAACAAUAUAUUGGUAAAAUGCAUUCAUUGUAUCAAUACAUGCAUUUUUAUUGUGGUGAUUCAUUACAAUGCAACAAUUUAACAUUCGCACCUUCCAAACCAACCCUAAAAUAUUUUUUUCUUAUCCUAAUUGCACACAUACACGGCCCAUCUAAUCAUCUGACCCGGGGCCCAACUCAAUGACUGUCCCAGUAGUUAACUUCAAGCCCACCAGUCGUUAGGCCCGACGUACAAGCGGUAAUUUGGUCCGUUGUUUGAACCAACUCACUAACCUUCCACAUACAGCGCCCAUUAACCCUUUGAAAGUCCCAUUCAAAAUUCACGUUAACACUUUGUUGGUAGACAGAGAUGGAAAUGAGAUGGGAUGGGGCGGAAUGGGUAUCUCAAUAGUCAAUACCCAUGUUUCGUUAUACGCUAUUACGGGUCGGGGUGGGUAAUAUCCAUGUGGGUAUAGGGUGGAGCGGGUCGACCCACUCUUACAUGUUAUUUGAAAAUAAUACACUCAAAAUUUUAUUUUUUAAGAUAAAAUGAAGGGGAAAACACUUUAUAAUUGAAAAAUAGUGACAAUAUACUGGAUAAUUGAGUCUAACAAGUUGAAAGAUCGACUCUAACUAGUUGAAAAAAAUGAAAAUAGAAGAAAUAUUAAUAGAUACUAUAAGAAAUUGUGAUAGAAUGG